AUGUCUCUUUCCCAAACCCAAUCCCAGUCAUCCCGCCGUCCCUCAGCACCCUCCAAACCAUCACAGGCGAGCCAGGCAAAGGAGCAAGUCGUACAAGAACGAACGACCAAGGGCUCCAGCGCAAGCGCACCUCGCGUCGUACAUUUCUCAGUCGGCUCGACCUACCAGAUUCUCGACGUGAUCGGCGAAGGAGCGUACGGUGUCGUCGUCUCGGCAACCCACAGACCGUCAGGUACCAAAGUCGCCAUCAAGAAGAUUGCGCCGUUCGAUCAUGCCAUGUUUGCGCUGCGGACCCUGAGGGAGUUGAAGCUGUUGAAGUACUUUGCGGCGGAGGGGGUCAGCGAGAAUAUCAUCUCCGUCUUGGAUCUUGUCAAGCCACCAAGCUACGCAGAGUUCAAAGAGGUAUACCUCGUGCAGGAGCUCAUGGAGACCGAUCUUCACCGCGUCAUCCGGACCCAAGAUCUCUCAGACGACCACUGCCAGUACUUCCUGUAUCAGACCUGCCGGGCCCUCAAGGCUUUGCACAGCGCAGAUAUCAUCCACCGAGACCUCAAACCCUCGAACCUCCUUCUCAACGCCAACUGCGAUCUCAAAGUUUGCGACUUUGGUCUGGCCCGGAGCUGCCAGACGCUCGUUCCCGCCGAGGGGGGACAGGGGUUCAUGACCGAGUAUGUCGCGACGAGGUGGUAUAGGGCGCCAGAGGUCAUGUUGUCGUUCAGGAUGUACAACAAGGCUCUGGACGUCUGGUCAGUAGGCUGUAUCCUCGCAGAGAUGCUUUCGGGGAGACCGCUCUUCCCAGGCAAGGACUACCAUGACCAACUCUCCCGUAUCCUCGACGUCCUCGGUACACCCACCAUCGAGGAGUUCUACGCCAUCACCUCGCGCCGCUCGAAAGAGUACGUCCGCAACAUGCCCUUCCGGAAGAAGAAGGAGUUUUCGGCCAUCUACCCAAAUGCCAACCCGCUCGCGAUCGACUUUUUGGAGAAGACCCUUACGUUCGACCCGAAGAAACGAUACACUGUCGAACAAUGCUUGACGCACCCAUACCUUGACGCAUACCAUGAUCCGGAGGACGAGCCGGUGGCCAAGCCGCUGGACCCGGACUUCUUUGACUUUGAUCUGCAAAAGAACGAUAUUGGGCGGGAAGAGCUGAAGCAACUACUGUAUGAUGAGAUCCAUAGCUUCCACGGUCAAUGA